UAUGUUGCACGCAUCCACAUAGCAGAAAACAGAAGGAAGACGAAGUACUACUCCCCUCAAGGCACCGGUGGAAGAGAAAGAAGAAAACCCACCAAAGGGCCCAAACCACACACAAGAAAUGAAGAAGAAGAUGGUUCCAAAAAUGGGUCUUGAGCCUUGAGGUUUUACAUCAAACACAAGAGCUUGUUUUGUUUGCAACAAAGACAGGCAUCAGGCUACCAGAGCAGCAGCAGCAGCAGCAGCUAAGAGCCUAAGAGCUAGGUGUCUCUGUGUUCUGAGAUUUCAUUUCAGCUGUGCAUGCACUUGGGCAGCCUUUGUUUGAGUCAGAAUUUGAUUUAGGCCUAAAAAACCAGAGCUUUUGCUUCUGUAAAUUUAAGCAUUGAGCUCUUGGGUUUUUGUAAAUUUGAGAACCCAUUUGUAUUUUGUUCUCUGGGAGUCUUUUGGGAGGUGGGUUUUUGUUGGUCUUUAAAAAACUGGAGGUUGCUGGGUUCUUGGGUUUGUGUGUAUUUUUGUCAGUGUUUAUUUUGUUAGAUGAAGGCCAUGCCCCUACCCUUUGAGCAGUUUCAAGGGAAGGGGGUGUUAGAUUUCUCUUCUUCAACUUCAGAUUCACAGCCACCGCAAAAUCAACAUCUCCACCACCACCACAAUCAGCAGCAGCAGCAGCAAAAGUGGAACCAAAACAGCAACAAAGAGAAUUGCUAUGUGGGCAGCACUGAGCCCACCUCUGUUCUCGACACCAGAAGAAGCCCAAGCCCUCCCACAUCCUCUUCAACACUGUCGGCGGCGGCAGGGGGGGGGGACGGCGGUGGAGGUGGCGGCAGCGGCUCUACAGACACAACCACCUGCUUGGGCACUACUGCAGCGGCGGUGUACGAAAACAUAUCUCAAACACCAUUAGAAGAAUCAAAAUGUGGGCCGGCGCUUGGAAUGGAGGACUGGGAGAGUGUCUUGUCUGAGUCUCCGGGUCAAGAGCAGUCCAUUUUGAGGUUGAUUAUGAGUGAUAUUGAAGACCCUUCUCUUGGAUUGAACAAGCUGUUGCAGAGUGGAAGCGGUUCUGAUCAGCAAGAUUUGGAAUUCAGUGCAGGGUUUCAUGAUGUGGUGGAUCAAGGAGGCUAUGAUGGCUUUGAACCCAAUACUGGGAAUUUGCAGCAGCAACAACACAUGGGUAUGGAUGAGAAGCCUCAAAUUUUCAAUCCCCAGAUGGUGAUGAACCAAAACCAAGCUCAAUUCACUCAAAACCCAGCUUUGUUUAUGCCUUUGACAUAUACCCAAUUGCAAGAGCACCACCUUCUUUCACCACCACCACCCAAAAGGCUUAAUUCUGGUGGCUUUGGACCCAAUUACCCGGUCCAAAGAGCACCGUUUUCGAAUCCCGGACAAGAGCUAUUGGUUCGGGCACAGCAGCAGCAUCAGCAUCAGCAGCAGCAGCAGCAGCAGCUUCAAUUUCUUCCACAGCAUCUCCAACAACAGAGGCCAACAAUGUUGGUGAAGGAGAAUAUGUUGAGCCCAGCAGAGGGAACUAAAGAAAUGAUGAACCAGAACCAGAACCAGCAGCAGCUUCAGCAAGCAGCAAUUGACCAGCUUUUCAAUGCAGCAGAGCUGAUCGAAACAGGAAAUCCGGCACUCGCGCAAGGGAUAUUGGCGCGGCUCAAUCACCAGCUCUCUCCCAUUGGUAAGCCUUUUCAAAGGGCUGCUUUUUAUUUCAAGGAGGCCUUACAAUUGCUCCUUCACAUCAACACCUCUAGUAACUCUUCUAAUGCUUUGUCACCUUUUAGCCUGAUUUUCAAGAUUGGUGCUUAUAAAUCAUUCUCUGAAAUCUCACCUGUUCUCCAAUUUGCCAACUUUACUUGUAACCAAGCCAUCCUUGAAGCUGUGGAAGGCUUCAACCGUGUCCAUGUUAUUGAUUUUGAUAUUGGCUAUGGUGGGCAAUGGGCUUCUUUUAUGCAAGAAAUUGCCUUGAGAAAUUGUGGGGCACCUUCUUUUAAGAUCACUGCAUUUAUAUCCUCCUCCACGCAUGAUGAAUUUGAGAUUGGUUUCACUCGAGAAAACCUCAAACACUUUGCUAGUGAACUUAACUUGUCAUUCGAACUUGAACUUGUAAGCCUCGAGGCGUUGAACUCUGGUUCUUGGGGAUUGCCCCUUCAUGUCUCUGAGGGUGUGGCAGUUGCUGUUAAUCUCCCAAUUGGUUCCUUUUCAAAUAACCCUUUAUCACUUACUAUGGCCCUAGGCUUUGUUAAGCAGCUUUCUCCAAAAAUUGUGGUCUCUUUGGACAGAGGCAGUGACCGGACCGAUGUUCCAUUUGCCCACCAAGUCAUCCAAGCCCUUCACUCUUACUCUGGCCUGCUUGAAUCACUAGAUGCUGUAAAUGUAAACCCAGAUGCUCUGCAGAAGAUUGAGAGGUACUUGCUCCAACCAGGCAUUGAAAAGAUUGUAACCGGCCGCCACCUUUCGCCUAAAAGAACGCCUCCAUGGAGGACUCUGUUUUCGUCAUCUGGGUUCUCCCCAUUGACAUUCAGUAAUUUCACCGAAUCUCAAGCCGAGUGCUUAGUGCAGCGGACUCCAGUUGGGGGUUUCCACAUCGAGAAGAGACAGUCUUCACUUGUUCUCUGCUGGCAGCGCAAGGAUCUCAUCUCAGUCUCGGUUUGGAGGUGCUGAAGAACCAGCAUUUUGAACUUGGUUCUACCAAUUAAUUCUCGUCUCCGAGGUGCUUCAUAACUUACUGCUUUAGUUUCGGAACCUUUUCAGUUUUCUUGCAACUAUGCUAAUUGUCUAUGGUGCUGUAGUAGGCCUUUUGUUUCCAAUGAAGAAACCGAACAUUCGAAAGUAACUCAAUGGCUUUGUACAGUUUUUUCAUAUUUUCAGUUUCUUACUAUGGAUUUGGGUA